AUGAGCGAAAUUGCCCAUCCUACCAUCCAAGAUGGCUGGUUCCGUGAGAUCUCCAACAUGUGGCCCGGCCAGGCCAUGACCCUCAAGGUCAAGAAGGUCAUUCACCACGAGAAGUCCCAGUACCAGGAUGUCCUCAUCUUCGAGUCCACCGACUACGGCAUGGUCCUGGUCCUGGACAAUGUCAUCCAGGCCACCGAGCGUGACGAGUUCUCCUACCAGGAAAUGAUUACCCACCUGGCCAUGAACUCCCACCCCAACCCCAAGAAGGUCCUCGUCAUCGGCGGCGGCGACGGCGGUGUCCUCCGCGAGGUCGUCAAGCACGAGUGCGUCGAGGAGGCCAUCCUCUGCGACAUUGACGAGUCCAAGACCCACGUCGGCGACGGCUUCAAGUUCCUCAUGGCCGUCGGCUUCGACCACCCCAAGUCCAAGACCCACGUCGGCGACGGCUUCAAGUUCCUCGAGGAGUACAAGAACACCUUUGACGUUAUCAUCACCGACUCCUCCGACCCCGAGGGCCCCGCCGAGUCCCUCUUCCAGAAGCCCUACUUCCAGCUCCUCCACGACGCCCUGAGGGAGGGCGGUGUCAUCACUACCCAAGGUUCCGAGAACCAGUGGCUCCACAUGCCCCUCAUCUCCAAGCUCAAGAAGGACUGCAAGGAGAUCUUCCCCGUCGCCGAGUACGCCUACACCACCAUCCCCACCUACCCCAGCGGCCAGAUCGGCUUCAUGGUCUGCACCAAGGACGCCGGCCGCAACGUCAAGGAGCCCCUCCGCAAGUGGUCCGCCGAGGAGGAGGAGAAGCUGUGCAAGUACUACAACGCCGACAUCCACAAGGCCGCGUUCGUCCUGCCCAACUUUGCCAAGAAGGCUCUCGAGUAA